AUGUCGGACCUAUCACACGCAGGAAGAACCGUCAAUAAGGUAUUCAACCAGGAGUUUAUCAUUGAUCAGAGAUUUAAAAUCGUCAAGGAACUCGGCCAUGGCGCCUAUGGAAUAGUGUGCUCGGCCAAGUACGACGAUGGCUCUGCCAAUGACACAGAAGGAAGCUUUGUGGCCAUCAAAAAAAUCACAAACAUCUUCAGUAAGAAGAUCUUGUGUAAACGAUCCUUGAGGGAAUUGAAGCUUUUACAAUUUUUCAGGGGCCAUAAGAACAUCACCUGUCUCUAUGACUUGGAUAUCAUUCCUAACCCGUUGACGGGUGAAUUCAACGAGGUGUACCUCUACGAAGAAUUGAUGGAAUGUGAUAUGCACCAGAUCAUACGCUCAGGCCAACCAUUAACAGAUCAACACUACCAGUCUUUUAUCUACCAGGUGUUAUGCGGAUUGAAGUACAUCCACUCUGCCGAUGUGUUACACCGUGACUUGAAGCCAGGAAACCUUUUGGUCAAUGCCGACUGUGAAUUAAAGAUUUGUGAUUUUGGCUUGGCCAGAGGGUUCUCUGAAGAUCCCGAACAGAAUGCUGGUUUCAUGACCGAAUACGUCGCCACCAGAUGGUACAGAGCCCCCGAAAUCAUGUUGAGUUUCACCAACUACACAAAAGCCAUCGAUAUCUGGUCGGUAGGAUGUAUUUUAGCGGAAUUAUUGGGAGGAAAACCCAUCUUCAGAGGCAAGGAUUACGUCGACCAAUUGAACCAGAUCUUGCUCAUUUUGGGAACCCCUAAAGAACUGACAUUGACCAAGAUCGGCUCUGUUAGAGCCCAGAACUACGUUCGUUCGUUACCUUAUACUCGAAAAGUGGAAUAUUCAGAGCUAUUCCCCACCGCCAACCCCCUUGCGUUGGACUUAUUGGAACACAUGUUAACGCUAGACCCGUACGAGAGAAUCACCGUCGACGAAGCUUUGAAACAUCCAUACUUUCAGGUUUGGCAUGAUCCACAGGACGAGCCUGAAUGUCAAAUUAAGUUUGACUUCAAGAGCUUUGAAACCAUCGAUGACCUCCCCACCAUGAAGCAAAUAAUCAUUGACGAAGUCCGGUCGUUCAGAGAGUUUGUACGGAAACCCAUCCAGGAACAGCAACAAAUUCAACUACAGAUGCAGUUACAGAAGAGAUAUGAGGAGCAGUUGAAACAACAUCAACAGCAACAAAUGGAAGGCAUGGAUUUAGCUACCCCUACUAUGCCUAACCCUUCUCAUUCGCAUAAUGUAAGUGCUGAGGUGGAUACAAACUCCCUCGAUGCACAGAACCUUCAAUACUACGAGCUGAUUCCCAAGCCCCAAGAGUUGGACGAAUUUACUUUCUCUCGAGACGAACAAUUGGACAAUUUGGGGGAACUCGAUAAUAAUGAAGAUUUAUUCCGACUCGAGGAGGAGCUCGGUUUUGGAAUGGACGGGAACAUCUUUAAUAGCAUUUAG